CACGAGAGCGGGUCCGGGAGAUUGGUCAGCAAGGGAGGGCGAAGCCGCUGCCGACUGCAAACCACAGGGUUUCGUAGGGUGGUGGAAGAAAUCAUAGAUCCCUUCCCAGUGAAGAGGGAGAGUGAGUUUUAAAGAGGAAACAAUGGCUUCGAACAGCAUAUUUGAGUCACUUCCUUCUUACCAGCACUUCUUGAGAGAUACCAGCACCAGCCGCCGCUUCACGCCGCCCUCCACCACGCUGAGCCCGGGGAAGAUGAGCGAGCCGCUGGCGCUGCCCGGCGCCGAGCACGGCGGGGCUUUGCCGGGGAAGCUGCGCGGCGCCGACCGCAGCAUGGUGGAGGUCCUGGCCGACCACCCCGGGGAGCUGGUGCGCACCGACAGCCCCAACUUCCUCUGCUCCGUGCUGCCCACCCACUGGCGCUGCAACAAGACGCUGCCCAUCGCCUUCAAGGUGGUGGCCUUGGGGGACGUUCCUGACGGGACGCUGGUGACGGUGAUGGCCGGGAACGACGAGAACUACUCGGCGGAGCUGCGCAACGCCACGGCCGCCAUGAAGAACCAGGUGGCGCGGUUCAACGACCUCCGCUUCGUGGGCAGGAGCGGGAGAGGGAAAAGCUUCACGUUGACCAUCACGGUGUUCACCAACCCCCCCCAAGUAGCCACAUACCACAGAGCCAUCAAGAUAACAGUGGAUGGACCUCGGGAACCCAGAAGACACCGUCAGAAAAUAGAUGAGCAGACAAAGCCCGGCAGUUUGUCCUUUUCCGAGCGCCUGAGCGAGCUGGAGCAGCUGCGUCGCACGGCCAUGAGGGUCAGCCCACACCACCCAGCCCCCACACCCAACCCACGGGCCUCCUUGAACCACUCCACUGCUUUUAACCCUCAGCCUCAGAGUCAGAUCCAGGACACGAGGCAGGUGCAGCCGUCCCCGCCGUGGUCCUACGACCAGUCCUACCAGUACCUGGGCUCCAUCGCCGCGCCCUCGGUGCACCCGGCCACGCCGAUCUCGCCGGGCAGGGCCGGCGGCAUGUCCUCGCUCACCGCCGAGCUCUCCAGCCGCCUCUCCAGCGCUUCCGACCUGACGGCCUUCAGCGACCCCCGGGUGGGCAUCGACCGCUCCUUCCCGGCGCUGCCGUCCAUCUCCGACCCUCGGAUGCACUACCCGGGGGCCUUCACCUACACGCCCACCCCCGUCAGCUCCGGCAUCGGCAUCGGCAUGUCGGCCAUGACCACGGCCUCCCGCUACCACACGUACCUCCCGCCGCCCUACCCGGGCUCCUCGCAGGCCCAGGGCGGCCCCUUCCAGGCCGGCUCCCCUUCCUACCACCUGUACUACGGCACCUCGGCCGGCUCCUACCAGUUCUCCAUGCUCUCCGGCGGCGGCGACCGCUCCCCGCCGCGCAUCCACCCGCCCUGCACCAACGCCUCGACGGGCUCGGCGCUGCUCAACCCCAACCUGCCCAGCCAGAGCGACGUGGUGGAGGCCGAGGGCAGCCACAGCAACUCGCCCACCAACAUGGCCAGCACGGCGCGGCUCGAGGAGGCCGUCUGGAGGCCCUACUGAUUCCCCCCUCCGGGAGCUUCCCCGGAGGGGCAGGACUGCCGCGCUUUCCCGGUGCUCGUGGGUAUCCCACCGAUGCCCUCCUGCCAUCAGUUUGAGGAGCAAACCCUCCCAGGAGCUGUGGCACAGCCCGGUCGAGCCCCUGGAGAAAGCACCAGGACAUCCCUGAGCUUCUUGGGGGGAAGGAGGACGCCCCGGUUU